UUGAGAGAAGGAAACCGGCCUCUGAAGGAGCUGCGGAGCUGUUGACUGAACUGGCCCAGUUUGCUUUCGAUUCUGAAGAAUGGUGGCCCCUGAAUGGGUCUCUAAAUUCCUCCACUAUUUGGACUUAGAACUAAUUUGUCAAAGAUCUGCCUCAGCUUGUCCCAGGGUUUAUUAUCAGCAAGAUGACAAGGCCCCUGAUGGCAGGAAGCUGGCUGGGGCUCAGGAUGCUGGCCCUUCCGCCCUGCGGACCUCUCAGCAAAUAGUCCCUUGGAAACAGGGCAGCUGUCCCUGAGGAGGGGGCAGGCGGGGAGAGGCACACUCCCCCAACACUGGACCCUGGAGGAGCCCCUGUGUGAGCAGGACUGCAGCCCUGGCUUGUGGGACUGUCUUGGGCAGGUGACCUUGGCAAUUCUGUGGUCUCCAGAGUCCCUGCCAUUCUGGCCACGUGUCCCUGUCACAGCCUGAAACCCCUUCAGGCCCCUGUUCUGUCUCAGUUCCAGUCCAGUCCCCUCCUCCAUGGGAAGGUUGGCUCCAUGCCUGCAUCUCUUCUGGGUCUGAAGACCCCUACUGGGCUGCCUCAGGGCCACUGGGACCCUGGGGUCCCCCCAGUCAUCUCCACUCUGCCCCUCGCCCCCGCCCCGUCAAGUCCUGGGUGCAUCCUCAGGGCUGGCCCCUCCCAGGGGUCCUGCAGGGGCCUCCUCUUUCAGCUCCUGCCCUUAAAAGGGGGUAAUCAUCCAUCCAUCCUCACCCCCUCCCUGAGAUGCCCUGGAAGACUCCCCAUCAGCAUCAGACACAGCAUCCUUGUUCAUUUCCAAUCCCUUCUUCCCAGCUUGGAAGCUGCUAACCCGUCUCCCAGGCCAGGAAAACCCACACAGGUCCUGAGCCUCAGCCUUCACAGGGCCCUGGGUCGUUUUCAGGCAUCUGACUCAAUCCGUCUCCAGAUCUGGAUCUUUCUCUGGUGGAUCUUCAGUGAGGACCACUGCCACAACCAGUGACCGUGACCUGCCUGACCAUCACAGCACCAUGGCCACCAGGUCCACAUCCACAGACCAGGACUACUUGGCCUUGGUGUGGUUCUGCUUCCGCCUGCUGCAGUUGUUCUCCAGCUGCAUGGCCUUCUGGCUGGUGACUUCUGGCUUUCGGAAGAGGGGCUACGGGGACGUAAAUAUCUGGGCCAUGCUCAUCUGGUUCCUCUCUUUGCCCAUAAGCCUCAUCGUAGUCAUAGUUGAAUUAUGUUAUAUCCAGUCCCACUUUCAUUUCUCGUACCACAUGCCCCUCACAGAUGCCUGCUUCGCCGCCCACGUCUGUCUCUCACUGUUCGUCGUCCAGUCUAUCCAGAGACACCAGUUUUUGCCUUAUGACCCUUUCAUAGACAGGGUCAACGCUGCCCUAUCAUUCACCUACAUUACGUGUUUCCUUUAUGGUGUAGAACUGUCUUGCACGUGGAACUGCUACAAGCUCAAAGACCUCACCUGCGCUGUGUACACCAUGCAGGGCGUGCUGAAGGUGCUGGAGAUGUUUGUGGCCUGUGUCAUCUUCACCUUCAUCAGCAACACCUCCCGGCACCUGAAGGAGCCAGCUCACGAGUGGUGUCUGGCCAUCUAUUGGAUCUGCUUUAUCCAGGCAAUUGUGGCCACGCUGUUGAACCUGGGCAACUGGGAGUACAGACUGCCCGUCCAGCUGACCCUGCUCUCCGUCCUCCUCUACUCCACUGCUUUGGUUCUCUGGUGGCUCUACCCAGUAGAUGAGGAGAUUGAGGGCAAGCCCAAGGGAUUCUGGGUCUUGUACAUGUUGAGGCUCACCGACCGCUGGAGCCGCUGGAGCCGCAGGGACCAUCGACAGGCUGUGGCCAUCCUGACAGCCAUCAACCUGCUGAUUUACGUGGCCGACCUGGUGAUCUCAGCCCACUAGGUUUUGUCAAGGACUGAGGAUCAGCCCUCUUGUCAAUAGAGGUUUCUAUACUGAGCUCUGAUGUCGUCUUCCUGGCUCCCCUUCUCACAUCCUUCCCCGUUCAUCUCUCUCUCUUUUCUGUUUCCUUCUCUCCAUAUGCUCUUUGUCCUGUUUUAUGUGUUUGCUCACACCCUGUUUUGUCUUUCUCUUGCUUCUCUCAUCUUUUCUACAUUUUCUGCUUUUGUCCCUUUUCUGAUCAUCCUUGGUCUCCUAUGUCCUGACCUCCUCUCCCCAUUUUCCUGCUGAUCAAUCAAGAUCAGAUUUCUUCCUUCUCUGCCCACCACCCCCUCCCACCUCCUAAGGUGAGGACUUCACAGCACACACCUCUCUGUGUGGCUGUUCACACCCUGGACAUCCGGAGGGGCCUCGUUACCAAAGCAAGUCUGUACCCCUGGCAGUGCCUUAGUUGGUGUGUGUGUGUGAGUUUGGGGGUGGCAUGGGUAACUAGGCUGCUGCUGCUGCUGCUAAGUCGCUUCAGUCGUGUCUGACUCUGUGCGACCCCAUAGACGGCAGCCCACCAGGCUCCC